GGAAGUGUUAAAGUCAAGCAGCUUCAGAUUUCUGCUUUAAGUGGAAGGAGUGAAGUGACGGAGACAGUUCUCCUGCAGGUUAAUGAUUUGUCUCAUCAGGAUCAUAUUCAGAAUGAAUAUCCAACAUGUUCUCUUUGUCUGCUUCUUAUCAGCACUGUGUGGGGGAGACUCUGGGCUCGUCAGUGCAAGACUCAACCUUUACACAGGAGCUGUAGGAGGAAGUGGAACAAUUAAUUGCCCCUUGCGUCUGUCUGGAAGCAACAAGUUCUUCUGUAAGGAAGAAUGUAAAGCAGAAGAUAUUCUCAUUAGAACAGAUGGUGUCACAGCUCACAGUGGCAGAUACAGCAUUAAAUACAGAAAUGAUUCUUCUGAAAGAGGAACUCUGUCUGUGACCAUCACAGAUCUGACCAAGUCUGACUCAGGACGGUACAGGUGUGGUUUGGGACAAACCUUGGUUCCAGAUUCAUACAUUGACUUUGAGAUCAGAGUUUCAGAUGCACCGUUGGGGAGAAACUCUAGUUUUAUCCGUACAUUAGCAGAAGGAGAAAAUAUCACUUAUGGAUGCAGCAAUACUGUCUACAGAAAGAAGAAGUUCUUGUGUAAGGGCGAUUGUAAAACAGAAGAGGACAUUCUCAUUGAAACAGAGGAGAACAGAGCUCAGAAUGGCAGAUACAGCAUUGAAUAUAAAGAAGGAUCUCUAUAUGAACUGUAUAUGACCAUCACACAGGCGACCAAGUCAGACACAGGAUGGUACAAGUGUGGUUACGGCAGAGCUUUGUCUCCAGAUUCAUCUUAUAAGUUACCAAUCCUUGUCAUUGAUGCCUCCACACCAACACCAACAGCAACACCAGCAUCAGCAGCCACCCAGUUGUCAAAUGUGCUGCUGUAUGUGAUUGUGACUGCUGUCAUCAUCGUCAUCAUCUUGGGUCUGGUACUGACCAUAAUCUGCAUUCAGAGGAACACCAAACUUGACUGUUGGAAGACCAGAGGGAACUCAGACGGCAAAAACCUUGAGAUGGCCAUCUAUGAGAACUGUCCUCCAGUCUCUACAGGUGCAGACUACCAGAGCCUCGAUCCAGCCAUCAGGAAUCAGGACCAAACCUACUCUACACUCAAACACACGCAACACACAUGAAACUGUUUGGAUUCAGGUCUGGAUUCUGUUUCUGUUCCUCAAAGGUCCAGUUUGUACGGUGAAAUAUGAGAAUGUGUUUCUCACUUUGCUGGUGUGUUACUUCUUUUCAUCUUGUGGUAAAUUCUUGAUUUGUUUGCUUUUUGUCUAUUUGCAUGUUUUUUUUUUUUUAAUUUGAGCUCUCAGGGCCACUGUACAUUUGGAGUAAAUGGACUUUAUUUUCACAUGCUGCCAUUGUGAUGUAUUAACUAUAAUAUUGAUUUCAUAAUAAUAAUAAGGAGAAGAAUGAUUUGUUUUAAAGUUUUAUAUCAUUAAUAAACAGCAUUUCAUUCAUGUUUAAUACAAACUACAUAAGAACUAGUUUGUGUGAUUCAACUUGUUUUAAUGUAGUGAUGUAUAAAUCUCCACUUACAGACCCUUACAUAUUAUAAGGUUAAGUUUGACUUACAAACAACAGAUCUCCAUUACAUUUUCUGUGGAUAUUCAUGAUCGUGAGCUGAUGCUGCUGAGCAUCAGGUGUGGUUAUACAUGUACAUAUUUAUAUGCAUAUUUAAUACCCAUAUGUAUAUUUGUUGUUGGUAAAGCACUUUGGACCUUUGUGUUAAAAAGGUGCUAUAUAAAUAAAGCUUUACUUACUUACUUUCAUGUAUCUGAGCUAAUGGGUUAUUUUUCCUGCCAUUAACCAUCAAUUGAUGGUUUCUUGCUGUUCAUGAUGAAUUAAAUUGCUCACAAAGUACCAGUGUGUAGUGUUUUAUGAGUGUAUGUAAUUAAUUAGCAUGUCAAUAAAAUGAUCAUAUUUCUUA